UUGAACGUAAUUGAAAAAUGCCUAAAAAAGCUAAAAAAGUGAAGAAAACAGAGAACGUUGCUGAAAUUCCUGUCGUAGCAUCAGAUCCCAGAUUAAAUUUGACUGCUAAGCUCGAGUUCGAAAAUGAAUUGGUUGAAUUAAACCGACGACUUGCCAAACUAAAAUCGGACCAUGCCGAACAAGAACUAGAAGUUGUAGAGUGUACGAAAGGAGUGAAUGAUAAACGAGAAGAUCAAGAGGACAUCAUCCUUUAUUUAAAAAGGACGAUUAGUGAACUUUCCGAUCGCAUUACCCAUUUUCAAGAUAUCAAACAAGAAAUUGAACGCAAAUCUGAAGAUGUGUCAGAAAAAUAUGAAAAAAUAUUGGACGAAAAGGCGACCGAAUUUCACACAAUGGAGGAAAUCCUAAAUUUGGAUAACGUAACAAUUGAAAAUAAAUUAAGUACCUUGGAGGAUUUGCGUCAAUCUCGGGAAGAGCUAAUGAUAAAAUUUGACCUACAAGAUCAAGUGUUGUAUGAACAAAGCAAAAGACACAAGGAAGAAAUUUAUGAAAUGGAGAAGAAUGUGAUAAUAUCGAUGGAUCGAAUAAAAAAAGAAAUUGAAUAUGGUAUUAACAAGUUUUCGGAGGACUUAGAAACAACCACAGACAUAAGAAUGGCAGCCUGUACUAAUAAAGCUGUCUGGGAAAAUAUCGAAGUUAAUAACAACCUUAUAGAUGUUAUAGAAAAUUAUCAUGAUAUUUUUACCAAGAAUGCCAAACUGAAGUUUAAAAAUAAACAGCUCCGACAACUAGUCAGUUUAGAACAGCAAGAAUAUAAAAUAUCUUUACGCAGGUACAAACAUCAACAUAUAAAAAUGUUAAAAAUUUUAAAAGAAUACAGUGUAGUAACAGAACAGCUAAAAUUCAUAGAGUCUCGCGGGAUAUUUAACAGCGAACUAACUAAAAAUAUAACUGUAAUUAAUGGGAAGAUCAAAAGUUUGAAGCUAAACAAUGACGGCUUAUUAAAAUUAUUGCAAAAAAUACGAGAUGAAAGAUCGACAUACAAAAAUAAUUGCAAUGUGUUACGUAAAGAAAACUUAGCAAUUUCCAAUGUUUUUGAAAAAAUAGAGCGCAUUAUAAAAGUUGCAAUGGCGAUUGAAAAUAUAAAACCGCAAACAAUGGUAAGCAUUUUAAAUGAUAUUCGUCGCACACUGAACACAAUUCAAAUCAAUGCACUUCCCUUGGCAAACUAUAAAUGGGUAUCUGAAGACGAAGACGUUGAUAUCCACCAUUUCGAAAAUAAGGAAAUGCAAACUGACCCUGAAGUACUAGAAGAAACAUCGGAGUCCUUAAUAACGCAAUGUUCUCUCGAAAAGGACUCCGUUCUGGUUGAAUAUGAUCACUAAUGUACUAAUUUUAUAUAUGAAUAAUUUUAAAUAAACUAUAUAUACAUUUUCAUAUUA